AUGACAUUCAGCGAAGAUGAAGCCAAUAUGGUGUCGUCUGGCGAGGAGAAUCGACUGCACGAGGAUCUCUCAAGUUCAUUAGAGGAUCUUGUCGGUAAUUUUGACGAGAGAAUCAAUUCAUGUCUGAAGAAUCCAGAUGUGAACACCGAAGAUAUCGCUCCAGUACAGGUUCGAACACAGGACGAAGUGAUGGCCGAAAGCCAGUGA